UUAAUAGUUCAAGUGAAGUCGCUGGGUUUUAGUCGUCGGUUAAAUCUGUGACAGUGCGGACGGAUCAGCAGUCGCUUCGAAAACUGUUGUGCGUGAGUGUGAUUAUUUUAAGUAAAAAUGAAUCCUUCAGUAGUGCCCGGAGUAGCUCCCGUGGGUCCCAAGCCGGCCCAGCUGACCUGCCCCUCGUGUCAUGCGACCGUGGUGUCAAGAGUCGACCACAACAGCACCACCAAGACACAUUUGAUCGCUUUGGCGCUGUGCCUUUGCUUGUGUUGGUGCUGCGUGUGCGUCCCAUACUGCAUGGAUUCCUGUCAGAACGCGGACCACUACUGUCCCAAUUGUAACGCUUACCUUGGCACGUACCAGAGCUAAAUUUUAUGACCAUGACCUAAUUUUAAGAUCUAUAAUAUUCAUUACCCGACUGCGGAAGGAAGGUUAUGUUUUUAAGUGUGUGUACGCGCACGCUCUGCAGCCUAAACAGCGUGAUUGUUACGCCCGUAUUCACAAACGAUGCUUGCUUAAGUGAAGCAGCAAAUCGAACGCACAGCGUUUAAUACAGCUCUUUGAUUACUUCGUGUGUCACCCUGUGCAUCCACCACGCGCACUGCGAGACCUCAUAGUAACGUUUGAUAUUCGUAUCAACUGUGAGAGUGACACUGGAUAUAUCUAAAAUAUUUUCCAGUUCACUUAAUAAUUAGGUGAUUUUACAGUUUUUCAGUUUACGCAGUCGGGUUUUUUCAUUCAAUUUAGCUUGUUUUAAGACCUUUAGUAUUACUUUGAUCAUCACUAUUUUAUACUUUACCUAAUAUUAGAAAAAGCAGUUUUAAGUAAGCGCGGUUUACACGAUCAAUGCAAAAUGUACUCUACUGUCUGAUAACACUUAAAUAGAUAAUUUUAAUGACGUCACAUAGUUGAGUUCACGCCUGUUUGGUACAAAACGGGCGAGUAACUAAAUUGCUAUGUAAUUAUUUAUUUCCUGUAAUGUGUUCGUUCAUGUCCAUUGUCCAUUGUUGUCAGAUGUUGAUAGCAAGUGGACGUCGUUAUAAUCUUUGCUCUGUAGUCAUAGGAUGCGAGUAACAAUAAAGUUUUUGCAAGGAAUUUUGAGGAUUUUUAAAGCCUAUACAGUUGUCGUUUAAAACCAUCGAUAUGAUUUGGUAUUAUGGCGCGCACUUCCCGGUAGAUCUUCAGUCUAAUUUUGCAUUAAGUUCGAUCCGAA